AUGACAACUUUGUACAUGCGAGUGGAUAUUUUCAGUAUUCAAACUGGUUCGUGGUGGAUGUGGUUCAUGCAUACCAAAUUAAAUAUUAUACUCUACAAUCGAGAUAGUUGUACAAAUGGAUGUGAUUACCGGAUGAACAAGUUUAUAAUCGGUUUGACAAACACGUUCGAUCCCCAAGUGAACCAAUCGAUACGAGGCAAGUAUGAUCUGUGUGGACAGUGGCCUGCCGACGUCCUAUUCCCUGGUCAGCCAAUGAGAAUCAACUGCAGCGAUGGAAAUAAAUUCUCGAGAUUUGUUAUCGUACAGCAAUCAUUAGAAGCUGAACAAACUGAUAAAUUUUUAGCAUUCUCUGAGCUGGAAGUUUACGCCAAUGACAAAUUUCUGCAAUACGAGAACGUGGCCUUGUACAAACCGGCCUACCUGAGCUCCACACUCAGUAAACGGUAUCCCAAUUAUUGCGUUGAUGGCAAAAAAGAUACAUACUGCCAGCUCGCGAUUGAAUCUCCGCCAUAUCCAAACUGGUUUGUAGUUGAUUUAGUGGGAGCCCACCAAGUUCAAUAUACCAUCUUAUACGCACGUGCCGAUUACUACGAUAUAAUGGAUAACUUCAUAGUUGGAUUAACAAACAAGUUUGAUCCAAAAAUAAACAAAACCAUACGAGGUCAGUAUGAUAUAUGCGGCCGGUGGUCAACUGCUGCAUCAUCUAGUGGACAGCCAAUGAGAGUCGAUUGUGUAAAUAAAAAUAUUUACUACAGAUACGUCAUAAUACAACAGGAUGUUAAAAUUACUCUGCCUACCAAUGCUAUGACUUUUGUGGAGCUGGAAGUCUACGGCUUUGAAAACCUGGCAACUAAAUUUUUCGGAUGUUUCAAAUCAUUUCAAACCAUAACCUCUUUCAAUGAUACGUCGGUGGGAGCGUGUUUAAACAUUUGCAAGCGGUUCAAUUUUCAAUAUUCUUCAGUUAAGGAAGACAGAAAAUGUUUGUGUGGGGAUGAGUUAGAAUUGUUUCCACCAACUGCUGCGUGUUUCUCGAAUUUCGUUUAUUUGGCUAAACCGCUGGCGUUAAAACCAAUUUACUUGGGAUGUUACAAUGAUAAUUCUGACAGAGAUUUAUUUUUCGGAUCCAAUUUGGAAACAUUGGAAUCCUGUUUCCAAUAUUGUCUGCAAAACAAUUUCACGGUAGCUGGUUUUCAGUAUGACUCUUAUUGCUUUUGUGGAUUCUCAUUUGGCAAAUAUAAUAGAAAUUUGGAGAGUGAUUGUAGUGGUUUCAGUAACAGCAUCUAUUUUUUUUGUGAAACCUUUGGUUUGAAUAAAAGUUGUUCAGAUAUUUAUCAUUGCUCUUCUCAAGCCAAUCUUGGUCCAGGGAUGAUGUGUCCAUCACAAAUCUGUGAACCAGGAUGGAUUGGAGAUUCUUGCAAUGAAAGAGAUUGUUCAGUAAACAACGGAGGCUGUGGAAUUCAUGAAUGUGUUUUAUUUGAAAUUGAAUCAACAACAAUAACUGGAUGCAUCUGUAAAACUGGCUACACCAAAUCUCACUACAAUGAUGACUGUUUAGAUUUACCAAACAAUAUUACUACGAAAAAUAAUAAAUGUGCUGAUGGGCGAAUCUGCCCUGUGCAUCCCGAUCCUUGCCUUCAAAAGAAUGCUUCCUUAGACUGCCAAUGUUCCCCCGGGUUUGAACGAACCAACAAUGUUUGUUCAGAUAUAAACGAAUGCCUGAACGACUCAAACGCGUGCAACAGCGCAACAUCGGCUUGCGUCAACAAGGUAGGAAGUUACGGUUGCAUGUGCUUCACCGGCUAUUAUAACAAAGAUCUGUAUACUUGUGAAGUUUACCAGGAGAAGAAAGAUGUGAUGAUAGCAUUGGUAGUGGUAUCGAUUAUUUUGUUGAUCACGAUUGCCACUUCUGCAGCAUACUUCAUAAUUCGAAAAAAAAAAUUUGCAAAGCCAAGUAGAACUAACAACAUAGAAGCAAAUGUCAUUCAAACACCUCGUCCCAAACAUCAAAAUGCUGACGUUGAUGCUGACUACGGCACCAUUGAAGAUGUGUAUGACUCAACGAUUGCUAACAAUUAUAGUUAUUUUGGUCUGACUCCUGUUGAAGACCGUCCAUCUAUUGCAGUAAUCCACGUCGUUGCCUAUUUAAAGGGAGUGCUACCAAUGAGGGGUAGGAUUUUUGACUGGAAUCCACUGGAAUGGGACACGGGAAUCCCAUGGAAUGGAAUUCCCGUGUCCCAUUUUGACGGGAAUCCCAUUCCAUGA